AUGGAUGAAAUUGAAAUAGCUCUUCAAUACGCUAAAGAAAAAAAAAUAGCUCGUUAUAAGAAGGAAAAACUUCGUCGUUAUAAAGCUCGUUUGAAUUCUCGUUUUAAUUUUAAUUCUACUAAUUCACUUGAAACUGAACAAUCUAUUACAAAAAAGUUUACUUUGAUGAAAUUACCUUCACAUAAUGAAAAAGAUUUUAUUGAAAUUGAUGUUUCAUGUGGUCCGACGGAAUCUCUUGAUACAAAUGGUCAAAUAACAGACAAUAUCAAUCAAUUAUGUACUACUUCGGAUAUUCUCGAUUUUAGUGAUCUUGUUCCUUAUCAAGAAAAAAAAAAUUCUCAUCUUCAUCAAUAUACAUCUGUUAGCUGUUUUUUAUUUUCACAUAAUCUUAUUGAUUUUAUUCGAAAAGCAAACAUUUCUAAAACUCACGCUGAACAUCUUAUAAAUUUAAUACAAUCUGUCUUGCCGCAGCCAAAUACAUUACCAGAUGAUUAUGCUGGCAUCCUGAAUUUAUUAUCAGUCGAAAAUUUAUUCAUUAAAAGAUUAAUAUGUCUUAAUUGCAAAACUGAUCUUGCAUUUAAUUUGAAAAAUUGUCCUAAGUGUACAAAUAAUCAUCAACAACGUUUAGCUAUUGUACAUGAUGCAUUACAAGACAUCAUGUUUACUCGGAUAUAUGAUAGAUUACGUUCCAACAUUGAUUUAUAUCGUGAAAAAUUUCAGAAACAAUCAAUAGAUGAUGAAACAAAUGAUAUAGUUUUUAAUCAAAAUUAUAAAAAAAUGUGUGACUGUAUUAAUUAUCCAUUUAUUAGUAUUAUCCUCCAUAUUGAUGGUAUUAAUUUGAGUGAGUCCAGUAAUCAAACUUUAUGGGUCUUGAGUUGUUCGAUCAUCGAGGUACCACCUGCACUUCGAGUUCGUCGACAAAAUAAUUUGAUACUGUCAAUGUGGACUGCUACAGAACAACCAAUUAUUGAAUUAUGGUUAGAUAGGUGUUUUAAACAAUUAGCAAAUUUAAAAUUGAGAGGUAAGAGUGAUAUUUAA